UAGAGAAAUUUGUAAACAAUAUGGCGGAUAUGUGAAAAGGUUGAAAAGUUUAUUGGUUUUUUAAAAUUAUAACAUAAUGCCGACAGUUUAAAUGAGCAAUACAGGACAGUACUAGAAACAUGUCGUAUAAGAAGAAAGGUGAGGUUUACCCUCUCCUAACAACAGACUGGCUUGGAACUCCAACAUAUAGACAGAAACCACAAGCUAUACAUGUAAGACAAGAUGAAGGAGAAGAGGUACCAAUCAUUGACGAUGAGGAUGAAGUUUUUGAUAUCAUUGACCAAAAGAAAAAGCGGAGUGUAAACCUGGUUUGGAUGGACGUUGCUCUGCUUGUCCUGGAUUUUCUACAGAUUUUCGCCCUUAUUCAGUCAAUGUCACUAAGAUGGGUUUUUCCAGAGAGAUGGUUGAGGCACACGUAUUAUGUUUUUGCUGUAAAUUUGGAUGCAUGGGAGAUGCUGAAAUUUUCUGACGAAAAUACGUAUGACAGCAUUCAAGAUUAUUACAUUCCAAGUAGUAGUAUUGGUACAUCAUACCAGAAUAUUAUGUAUGGAUGGUUUAUUGGUACUGCAGGGCUUACACUAUUGUAUGCAGCAUUACAUUUUAGCAUGAAGUUUGUUUUGUAUCCAGAGUCAUGGGCAAGAAGGUUAAUGUCCUGGGUGCAGAUGGCAUGUAUGGUGAUCAUCCAUGUUCUGUCUCUUCCUCUUGGAAUUGCUCUUUUCAGGGUAUUUACUUGUGAGGGAGAAUAUAGUAAGAUGUACACAAUGAACGAGUAUGAUUGCUUCACCUCAAACUACUGGAAGAAUUGCGCACCAGCGAUUAUAUAUAUCUUGGUUGCAUUUCUAAUUUACCCAGGUUUUCUGGUGUGGAAGACACGUCUAGAAGGUAUGACCGGGACAGACAACGGAUACUUGUCUUUUAUCCUGAUUAAAGAAACAGAAUACAAGAUCCACCUGAAUAGAGCUUGGCUGAAUGAUUCCGUGUGGAUUUUCUCAUCGUUUAAACAUAGAGGGCGCUACUACAGAACAGCACUCCAGCUGGUGAAACUUGUACUUCUGAUCAUAUUUGCAGCAGCUUUUAACUACAUCAAGCUACAGGCCUUACUCACUUGUAUCUUAUUACUACUGGUUGUUGUAGCUGCUAUUGUGACAAGACCAUUCAGGCUGACGAGUUUAAAUGCAUUUCUCGUAUUCAGCCUGUUGUGUAAUGUUGCAAACACCUUUCUUGGUGCCCUCUUAACAAACUACACUCCAGCAACUACCCCUUCUGCAUGGCUGACUCCAUCCUAUGUGUUUUAUUUCCUUGUAAUGAUACAAGGAUUUUGGUUGCUGUCCCUAUUUGCUUUACUGGUGUACUUGAUAUCUCGUACUUUUUGUCACUCAACAAAGAGCUGUUACAAGAGAUCAGUUUGGCCAAACAUAGCCACCUCAGGUGCUGGACAACUUACACCAGAAACAAGGAAGUUCAUGACUGGAAUUAUCAAAGCAAAGAUUGCACAUGAGAAGAUACAACGUUUACCCGCUAUGUUUGCUCCAGUACAUGAUCUUGCCCGCCAUAUCCAGAUAAUGAACACCUAUUGCCGUGAAGCUGAAUAUCUAGGUGACCCGUUACACAUGGUGUUAUGGGAAGUUCUUGACGACCUUGUAGAGACACAUGCCAAUAUAUCCCCGAAAUCUCUGUUUGCAGAGAGUGUGAAGAAGUCAAUUCGAAGGACGGCAGCAGAGUUCAUGCCUAUGGUACCAAUGUUUAGUCAGAGACUGGCACAACGUGACUAUGACUUUAUUUUGGUACCACCACACAAGAAAAGAAUUCUUCUCAAGAUGUAUAUCAUGGGGCUGUUCCUGAAUGGGCGUGCUGAGAAAUUAGCCAAGAAGAAGCUUCUUGAACCUGAACUUGAGAAGAUGUGGCCAUCUCUUCCGGCUGAUAAAGAAUUUGAGGAAGAGGAUGGCUAUUAUGAAGAUUUGUACCCACAAGCAAUUGGUGGCAACUACUCAGAUGACCUCCUUGAUGUGAUUAAUGAGGACUCAACAGAUGCUGAAUCCACAGAGGAAGAAGAUAAUGUCCAGGGCAUGCUAAGAAACCUUCCAGAUGUAGGCUUGAUUGAUCUAGAAGUACCUACUGUUGAAGUGCCUGACGAUACUGACAGUGAAGAGGAAAAUUUUGAUCAGUCGUUACCUAAAGUAAAGUUUGGGCUGGUGACUUCCUCAGAUAGACAGACUCCAAGACCAGUAUCUGCAUCUUCUAAAUCCAGUAAGUCAAGUAGCAGCAGUAGCAGCAGUAGCAACAGCAGCAAAUCGGGAUCUAAGCGCCCUAGCUCUGCUGGCUCCAGCUUGUUUGGCUCAGUUGCCUCCCUUAGAAGAGACCAUACAGGGUUUGUGUCCCCAAGUCGUGCUCUCUCACCACAAGGUAGACCAGCUUCUGGACAAAGUGGGAGGAGCCUUUCACCUACAAGCUCCGCCUUAAGGCCAGCCUCUGCAGGAUCUAAUCGCAGUGGUAGAGAUAGGUCUCCUACAGGCACUUCUGUAGUUGGCAGUCAGCCAAGUCUUCGUGAUUCCCAGGAACUUGGUGAUAAUGAUAUGGCAAACAUCAACCCAGGUUAUGUACCGGAUCCAGAGGAGGAAAAUGAGAGAAAGAAGGCGGAGUUUAAACCUGAGGAAGGAGGAGACAAUAGCGGGUUUAUAGCAGAUGAUGAGUCAAUGAGUGUCGUAACAGCAACCACUGACAGCAGCAAGGGUCCUAAAAGUGCCCAGAGUAAAAAGAGUGGCAAAGAUAAUAAAAGUGGUCCAAAGGUAGCAAAGAAGAAACCAAACAAGAAAUAAAGACAGAAAAGGAUCAUGAACUCUACAAACUGUGAUAAUACUUCAAAUAUGUGAUUUAAUUUUAGAUUUUUUUUGUCUAAAGUUUUUUUGUUGUUUUUUUUAAUUUGAUGCUUUAGGUAACUCUGAUGAAUUAAACUAUUUUUAAGGAUUGUUUUAUGAAGAAUUUAAACAAUUCAAUAGAGUUGAAAACAGUAAUUAAGAUUGGUUUUGAGACUAUCUUUAAGCUAUAAAUGAUAUUAAGAAAUAAUAAUGUUCAAAGUAAAAUCUCUAAACUGGAAAAUAAUGUAACACAAAAAUUUUGUCCAAGUAUAGGAAUAUUUUUUAUCUUCAUUUUUCUAUCAGGUCUAAAAAAUAAUUUCACCUUGAACUUUAUAAAAAGAAAAAAAAAUCAUUAAAGUAAUUUUUUAAAUAUUGUUAAGUUUUAUUUUUUCCUAAAGGUUUUUCAUUAAAUGACUAAUAUUCAUUGACUUUUUAUUUUUCUGAAUGUUGUUAAAAGAUGUAUAAUGUAGUAUCUUUCUGUAAUUUUCUCAAUAUACUGACAAUCAAAUUUAGUAUAAUUUAAUAAUGCAUGUGAAAGCUUGGUUAGCUGUACAGAGCUAGAAAUUCUGAUAAGUGUCAUUUAAGGAACUCCUUUGAUAUUUUGUACUAAAGUUUUUGGUCAAUAUAUAAAUCAAAUGGUUCACAAAUCUCAAAAAUCUAUAAUAAUGUACCACUCUCUAAUUAAGUUAACCCCUAUCUUUCUGGAAUAGAAAUUAGCCUUUCCCACCAGAAGAAAGCCAAGUCAGCAUGUACUUCAGUGCAGUUUGACCAGGCUCUUUACUGUUGGUUAUUUAGUUUUGAUAUUGAAAUCCCUGAAACUUCAUAUGGACUGUUCCAAGUUCAAAGUAGGGCAAAUUCAUUACACACAUUCAGGAGGUAAAGGGUUACAUUUCUGGUGGCAAAUGUAAAUAAACCAGACACACACAACACAUGACUUAACUUAGAUAUAAACUGUUGCUGAACCUAGACCUAUGAAUAAAGUAUGCUUUUUUCUGCCAUAGUUAUGGAAUUUCUAGUAGUACAUGUACUUUUUCCAUAUCAAAAACUGUUGAUUUGCAUUGAAGACUAAUUCAGUUUGUAUGUGAUUACCAGAUUAUGCAUUUAUUUUUGUAAUAUUUUGCAAUAUAUAACUAUGCAAUGUUUUGUACAAAUGUUAAUGUAAAAUGUGAUUUUUUUUUUCAAUUCCGUCCAUAUAAAACUUAAGAUUUUACAGUAAGUUUGCUUGGAACGAUAUUUAUAGGCAUUUAAACCAAUUAAAAGGGGCAUCUUUGGUCUUUGCCAUUGGGUAUGAUAAUGUGUUGAUUUGUUUUGAUUCUUUUCAUGUUGAAGGAUGGCUUAGUUUACAUAAAAAAGCAACAACUGUACAUAAGUUGGAUAAAAAUUUAAAAUCAUUUUUUUCUACAUUUUGAAUUUUGCUGAAAGGCAUAUUGAGAAAAAGGCCAAAGUUUAUUUAAAAACCAACAUAAACAUUUUUUUAAAGUUUCAAAACUACCACCCCUGAUGAAUUUUAAAUGAUAUGUAGACUUUACUUAAAAUUUUUAUAGAAAACACAAUUUGAAAAAAACAAACAGCAAAUUAUUUACAGAAAAUUGUAACAAUAGCUUAACAGAUAUGAAAAUUAUGACUUAUUUCAAACAGAUUAUAACUU